AACAUCUCGCUGCCUACCAGGGCCAUGAAAUCUAAUAAAAAAAAGUUGUUUGUUUCUUGUCGUAAUUGGUAAAUAUUUUGUUAACUGCAGUUAUUAAACUGAUUUAGUUUUCUUGUAAUGUUUUUAUUCAACAUUAAGGAUGAAUACACACCUUGAAACAAUUCUUUUGGAUUCACGUCAAUACACACCCAUUUAUUUUGUUGAAGCACCAUCCAUUGAACAGCCAGCAUCAAUUGUCGCUUCACAAAGUGAUGAAAGGCCGGUCAGUGCUAAACUCAAGGAGUUCUAUGAAAAUAGCGGAAAAUUGGAAGAUAACCUAAACAUACAACAGAACAAUAAACAACAACCAAAUUUAAUCAACAAUGUUGGAAAUGGCUUAAAACUAGCGAAUUUUGUUUUAGCCCAAAGCCAAAAUAAAACCAACACAAUAAAAAUCAAUGCAACUACAACAAAAAACGUUGUUUUCAAUCCAGUAUUUAUUACAAAUUCGAAUAAUAGCCUGGUUCAUUCGUCGAAAACAGCUGUCUGUAGUAAAAUUAUCAAACCAAUAUUAAGGCAAGGUCAUCAGAAAUCAAAGACUAGUCAAGUACUCCCUAAAUUGAAACCAAAAGAAAAUAAUACAAAGCCAAUCAAAUCGGUGCAAUUAAUUAAGUUAGGAGAAACAUAUCACAGCCUAAAUGAGCUAAGUGAUGAACAAAUGAAAAUAGUUAAUCAUGCUAUAAACAUAUAUAAUAACCCGAAAAUCAUGGCAAAAGACCAAAAAUAUGAUCCUGCUACAAGUACAAAAGUUGUAUAUAAAGUUGUUCCACCCAAGGACAUAUCAGUAAUUGGUACAAAUAAAGCCAUUGUUAAAUCAAAAAAAGUGGAAAGUAAAAGAAAUACUAUAAAAAAACAAGAUAAGAAGGAGUAUAAAAAAAAUUUGAAAGAAGAUGAUCCCACCCUAGUCCAAAAUGAGGUAAAGGUGACAAAAAGUGGGAGAACCAUAAGACUACCUAAAAGUAUAUUGCCUGAAGAGGACUUGCACAAAUCAACAAAAAAAAAUAGGACUGUAUUAAGUUGUUAUCAAUGUUCUUCAAUAUUUAACAGUCUCUAUAGUCUACAAAGGCAUUAUGAAAGUGAUCCCACACAUGCACCAGGAAAAUGUCACUCAAAUCUCUUUCAAUGUCUUCUUGCAAUCAUAAAGACCAGCUGCAAGCAAGAUAAAGCCAGUAUAUUUAUUCAACAAUUGCAGCAGCUUAUUGAUACAAUUAAGUCCCUGAUUCCAUGUUUGUUGAGAACUGAUGGAUUAAGUAAAGGAGAGCCGAGCACAAUUAAUGAGGACAUUGGAAGGGUACUAGGACUGGAUCCCGGUAAAUAUAUUUUCAAUUUAGAUGCUUUAGACUGUGUAAAGGAUAAGGAUGGACAUUGUUUACACAGCCAACCAUUAAAUCAUACAAAUCAAAGUACACAAGUUGCAAAUAAUAACAAUGAUAACAUAACAUCACCACUGAUAGAUAAUUGUGCACAAAUAAAUAUGAAUAAAAAAUGGACCACGGUGGGCAAACGAAUUGAACAGGGAGGAAAACCAAGACUUUAUACAAAUAAUAAAAAAAUUAAAUUAACAGCACAAUCUGAAUUACCAACCCAGCUUAAAGAUGAAGACAUUGCUGCCUUUUUUAGCAAUACCCAAAAGACUGAUAUUAAUAUAAAUCAAAAUAAGUCUGAUAAAGUAGCCAAAAAAACAGAUGGAGAGAUGGAACAAGAUAUUAAUAUAGAAAACUUUAAGAAACCACCACAUAUAAAAUUUCACAGUACACACUUUGAUAUUCGGUCAUCGCCUAUAAAACCAACUACGAAACCAACACAUUUUACUAGAUUUCAAAUCAAUCCUGAUAAAAUACUGAAAUUUAAUAUUCAAGAGAUUAAACCUCUGAUAAGUCAAGAGAAUGGAAUCAUGGCAGGAAAUCAAGAUAAUAAUAUUAUGGAAACAGAUAUUCCAGAACAAAACAACACAAUAAUGGAAAAUAUUACAUCAUGUGACAAUUUAAAUGAGAUUGGAUUUGAUACUACAAAAGAUUGGCCCAUGAAAUAUGUACAAAGUGAAACACAUUCAGCUGAAACUUUAUUGAAUGAAUCAACAGACUUCCUUAAAUCAAAUAAUUUAUUGCAGUCAGAUUUAAACCAUAUUAAUGAUACUCACAAACCAUUAGAGAACAUAGCAACCGACAGUCAAAUGGCUUCAAAUAAUUCAUUGUUAAGCCAAGUUUCUGAAUUAAACUUUUUUGAUUCUUUAGGAAACACUUGCUUGUCAUUUCCUGAUGACUCUGCUAGGAAUAGUUCUGUAAAUGAUUUCCAACUAGAUUUAUUAUUUAGUAGUUGAUCUAAAUUUUUUGGUAAAGAUAGCAUAAUUUUGUAUAAUUAUAAUUCUGUAAGAUAGGAAAUAAGAAAAAUUGAUAAUUUUA